GAUGAGCCCAGUGCUGGUCUCUCCAAGCCAGCCGACCACUCUUGCCCUUACCUCGAGCCUUCGAUGAUGAACGAGGUCCCAGUGGCACAAGUGAAAACGAGCCGAAAUGCUUCGGCCACUAUGGCCUUCCAGAAGUACCGUCAGGAGGCAGAGCAGAACGAUGAAGAUGCCGACUCGCGCGCAAACUACGUGAAGAUCAACGUCGAGAUUGUGGAGAACAGGUUCCGUGCCAAGCUGCACUUGGAGGUGGCCAAAAGCUUCGGAGUGUUUGGUCCGACGCGUGAGAGCAGACCUGAAGCCAUCAACGACGGGGUCGAGCUGGGGCGCGCCUUCGUCGCAGAUGGUGCCGCGGGCGCCCGACGCGUGGCCGCCAGCCUCACCAGUCGGAAGUGGACGCUGAAGGAAAUCCAGGAAGCCGAUGAGACCAUGCUGGAG